ACCCAAACACAACACAACGAUAACUCCUCACAAUUCUCAAAUUGCCCCCACAAUUUUAUAAUAAUUAAUUUUCAGUGUUGCUCUACGUAUAAAAUUAUCACCAUGUGUGGAAUACUAGCUGUUUUGGGCUGCUCAGAUGAUUCUCAGGCUAAGAGGGUUCGGGUCCUCGAGCUUUCUCGCAGAUUAAAGCAUCGUGGUCCCGACUGGAGCGGAAUAUAUCAUGAGAAAGACUGUUAUUUAGCCCAUCAGAGGCUUGCGAUUGUUGACCCGGCUUCCGGCGACCAGCCUCUGUUCAAUGAAGACAAAAAGAUUAUAGUUACUGUGAAUGGAGAAAUCUACAAUCAUGAGAAGCUUCGUGAGCUUUUGCCGGAUCACAAAUUCCGUACUGGGAGUGAUUGUGAUGUCAUUGCGCAUCUCUAUGAAGAGUUGGGAGAGAAUUUUAUCGACAUGCUGGAUGGCAUCUUUUCAUUUGUGCUGCUCGAUUCUCGCGAUAACAGCUUUAUUGCUGCUCGUGAUGCAAUCGGAAUAACUUCUCUGUAUAUCGGCUGGGGACUCGAUGGCUCGGUGUGGAUAUCGUCUGAGCUUAAAGGGCUGCACGAUGAAUGUGAGCACUUUGAAGUAUUUCCUCCGGGUCACAUAUACUCGAGCAAGAACGGAGGUUUUAGAAGAUGGUACAAUCCUCCAUGGUUUUCCGAGUCUAUUCCUUCAACUCCUUACGAUCCUUUGGUCUUGAGGCACGCUUUUGAACAAGCUGUUGUGAAGAGGCUAAUGACCGAUGUACCCUUCGGAGUUCUUCUGUCGGGAGGGCUCGAUUCGUCUUUAGUUGCAUCUGUUACCGCUCGUUACUUGGCGGGCACGAAAGCCGCCAAACGUUGGGGAUCACAACUUCAUUCUUUCUGCGUGGGCCUUGAGGGCUCACCCGAUUUGAAAGCUGCAAGAGAAGUUGCCGAUUAUUUAGGCACCAUUCACCAUGAAUUUCACUUCACUGUCCAGGACGGUAUUGAUGCGAUCGAGGAUGUGAUUUACCACAUCGAGACGUAUGAUGUGACCACAAUCAGAGCAAGCACCCCAAUGUUUCUCAUGUCGCGUAAGAUCAAGUCUCUCGGGGUCAAAAUGGUAAUUUCAGGGGAGGGAUCCGAUGAGAUCUUCGGCGGUUACUUGUACUUCCAUAAGGCUCCGAACAAGGAAGAGUUUCAUCGCGAAACUUGUCGUAAGAUAAAAGCACUUCACCAAUAUGAUUGCUUGAGGGCAAAUAAGGCAACUUCUGCAUGGGGUCUCGAAGCUCGAAUAAAACCCGAUGAAGGGCGUAUCGAGAAGUGGAUUUUGAGAAGGGCCUUUGAUGAUGAGGAACACCAGUAUCUCCCAAAGCAUAUUUUGUAUAGGCAGAAAGAACAAUUCAGUGAUGGUGUCGGUUAUAGUUGGAUUGACGGUCUUAAAGCUCAUGCGGCACAACAUGUCACGGAUAAGAUGAUGUUAAACGCGGCAAACAUUUUUCCUCAUAACACUCCAAACACAAAGGAGGCUUACUAUUAUAGGAUGAUAUUCGAGCGAUUCUUUCCACAGAACUCGGCCAAGCUCACGGUCCCAGGUGGGGCCAGCGUGGCUUGCAGCACGGCUAAAGCCGUGUCGUGGGACAAAUCCUGGUCGAAAAACUUGGACCCUUCGGGUCGGGCUGCUAUAGGCGUGCACGAAUCUGCCUACAAGAAUCGCGCUGACCUGGCGUCCAAUGUGGUGGGCCCAAUCCAACUCAGCAAUGGGCCGAGCCCACCAGAGCUCACCAUCAAAGGCUAGCAUCUUUACGAUCAUCAACUAUGUAUCAAUAAAUUGGUCUGCUAUGUGUGGCAGAUUUUUGUUUGUGUGUUUGUGUGUAUUGUGUAAUGCGUAUUUUUCGAUCAUCGAAAGGCUAGCAUCUUUUUCGAUUUUUGUUUGUGUGUUUGUGUGUAAUGCAUAUUUUCUGAUCAUCUUUUUUCGAUCAUCAAAGGCUAGCAUCUUUUUCGAUCAUCUCUUCUUUUGUGUUGUGUGUAAUGCAUAUCUUCGAAAUGUAUGAUUGCUAGAAAUGUACGAUUGCCGUUUCUUGACUCCUUGACUUCAUUCCUUUUUUUUUUUUCAUUCGUCGUUCUAUUUUUCUCUAUUCGUAAUUCUAUGUAGCGGGUAAAUG